GUUAGCUUGACGUCGGCUAGCUCGACUCAAACCUCCGAAUGGACCCGUCGGGAGGAAAAACCCGUUAGUUCUUUUUUUUGUGUGUGGAGGAGAGAGAGAGAAAAAAAGAAAAACUCGCGACCGUCCGUCCGUCCAUGACUCGUCCCGCGAACACCGACACGCCGACAAAGUGACUGGCAGCGAUGUCGAGGGAGAACACCACCCGGAGUCUGGACAGCAUCGACCUCGCAGCUUUGCGGGAUCCAGCAGGUAUCUUCGAGCUGGUGGAAGUGGUUGGCAAUGGAACCUACGGUCAAGUGUACAAGGGUCGUCACGUCAAGACAGGCCAGCUGGCAGCUAUCAAAGUCAUGGAGGUCACAGAGGAGGAAGAAGAGGAGAUAAAGCUGGAAAUCAACAUGUUGAAGAGUUACUCCCACCACAGAAACAUCGCUACUUAUUAUGGAGCUUUCAUCAAGAAAGGUCCUGCUGGACAGGACCACCAGCUCUGGUUGGUGAUGGAGUACUGUGGAGCCGGCUCAGUAACAGACUUGGUGAAGAAGACCAAGGGAAACUGCCUGAAGGAGGACUGGAUAGCUUACAUCUGCAGAGAGGUGCUCAGGGGUCUUUCCCAUCUUCACUCCCAUCAUGUGAUCCACAGAGACAUUAAGGGACAAAAUGUUUUGCUCACAGAGAACGCUGAAGUCAAAUUGGUUGACUUUGGAGUGUCGGCUCAGCUGGACAAGACCAUCGGUCGGAGGAACACCUUCAUCGGUACUCCCUACUGGAUGGCCCCAGAGGUCAUCGCUUGUGAUGAGAACCCCGAUGCCACAUAUGACUACAGGAGCGACCUCUGGUCUUUAGGCAUCACCGCUUUAGAGAUGGCCGAAGGAGCCCCUCCUUUGUGUGACAUGCAUCCAAUGAGAGCGCUGUUUUUAAUUCCACGAAACGCUCCACCCAAACUGAAAUCAAAGAAAUGGUCAAAGCGCUUCCUGUCAUUCGUUGAUAACUGUCUGGUCAAGAACCAUCUGCAUCGACCCGCAACCGACGCCCUGCUGAGACAUGCCUUCAUCAGAGACCUGGCCAAUGAGAGACAAGUUCGCAUCAUGCUCAAAGAUCACCUGGACAGAACCAGGAAGAAGAGAGAGAAAGAGGGUCCAGAGUAUGAGUACAGUGGCAGUGAAGAAGAGGACGACGAGGUAACAGAGGAGGAAGGAGAACCCAGCUCCAUAGUGAAUGUUCCUGGUGAGUGGACGUUGAGACGGGAGUUUCUCCGUUUGCAGACGGAAGACCGCGAAGGAGGCAGAGAGGGCGGCCACGAGGGAAGUGCUGGUCAACAAAGACAACAGGCGUUACAGCAGCACAGGCAGCAGCUGGCGGAGCAGGAACGAUACAAGCUGCAGUUAGUGGCAGACAGACAGAAAAGGAUCCAACAGCAACAUGAGCAACGGCAAAAGUUAGAGGAUCAGAGGCAGCAGCUGACGGACUGCGCCUUCCAGUGGGCGGAGCUUCAGGAAAUCUUGCUCGGGGAGGAGUCUGAUCUCCAUGACAAUAGGAUCUUACUGGAUGAGAGGAACAGGAGGAGCGACAGGAGGCCGGAGCAGGCGAGCAGAAAGGGCAGUGCCGACGUGUCAGUAAGGCCUCUGGACUUCACAGCAGAGCAGAGAGCCGCGGCUCCGAACCAGCUGCUUCAGAGUAAGUCCCAGCAUCAGCUUGAGCCGCCGUCCAAGCCCCCAGCCCUGGCCCAGCAUCAGCAUCAGCAUCAGCAUCAGCAUCAGCAUCAGCAUCAGUAUCAGCAUCAGCAGCCCUCGGCGGCCAGGCGUUCACACCGCACCCUGCCCAAGGACCAGACCCAGCUCCUGUCGCUGCAGCACGACCACAGACACAGGGAGCGGGAGAGGGAGAGAGAGAGGCAGAGGCAGAGGGAAAAGCCUGUGGCGGCUGUCCAGAAACUAACAGCUAAAAGUGGGAGCACAGCUGUCGCUGCCGCUGCUGCCACUGCUGCUGCCGCUGCUUCCUCCUCGCCCAGCCACCCUGCAAACAGCCAGCGCUCAGCGAUGGACUUCCAGGAUUCAAACUUGGCCAGGCUGCUUCUGGCGGCUGGUCUUCCCAGCCAGAUGCACUCGAGGCUGGGCUCUGGGAGCAGCUCUAGUCCCUGUACCCCCGCCAUGCAGAGAGCUCACCUCAGCCAGAAUGCCAAUCUGCGCUCCAGUCGAGACGCCCCUCACAGCAGCUCCAUGUCAGACAUGGCCCUUUCCCCGCUGUCGCCAUUUUCCCCCAUGUCCUUCACUGAUGACGUCUUCUGGGACUCGGGUGACGCUCCACCGAAAGUCCCAGAACGCACUACCUCCAAGUUUUACUGUAGAGAGCUGGUGAUGGGACACAAGAGGGCCGCUUCAAGUGGCGGUCCAGUGUCUGCAGCAGAUAAAAGUGGACGCCCUGUGCCUCACGGAGUCUCCCCCACCAGCUGCAACCACCCAGGUUACUUCAAGCUCGAGAGCCCUCUUCUUCAUCACCGUCUACAGCAGCACAGGAACACGCAAGAAAACAUUAACAGCGGGUACACACAGGGUGUAAAGUCUGCUCUCGGCCGCCUCAACAAGGCCACAGAGUAUUCUUCUUCCAGCGACGAGGUCGGCAGCAGCGACGACGAGGAGAGGAGCAGGUCUGGUCUGUCCAAUGGAAAAGGGAAAUACUUCAGAAGAAUACCUGAUGGUAUAGUCCUGCAGCCUCACCACAAUCUCCACCAGACUUCUCGGGUGGGUUCAGACGAUGCCUACAUGCUGCCAGACCUCCUGCAGAAGACCUCGCCCUCCAGUCCUCAGCACAACGCACUGGUCCAACAGCAGCAAGCACGAGAACUCAGCUACUCCCAGUCGCCCACUGCCCCCCGAUGCCCCACACAUCAGGAACUGAAUUCAAAUAUGGUUGUCAGCAGUCCCACUGGCAAAAACACCUCCUCAUCUUCCUCCUUCCUGUCCUUCAUUGAUCCCAGACUGAUCCCCAUGUCGUCGCCACCACAGAGCCCAACAGGUGGAAAGGGCGAGCCGAUAAUCAAGAGGGAGAACCACAGGAAGGGCUCUGUGGUUAACGUGAACCCAACCAACAUCCGACCACAGAGCGACAGUCCCGAGAUCCGCAAGUACAAGAAGAAGUUCAACACCGAGGUUCUCUGUGCAGGACUGUGGGGUGUGAAUCUGUUGGUGGGGACGGAGAACGGUCUGUGGCUGCUGGACCGAAGUGGUCAAGGGAAAGUCUACUCUCUCAUCAGCAGACGGAGGUUUCAGCAGAUGGACGUGCUGGAGGGGCUCAAUGUGCUCAUCACUAUAUCAGGUAAAAAGAACAAGCUCCGUCUGUACUACCUGUCCUGGUUAAGGAAUAAAAUCCUCCACAAUGACCCUGAGGUGGAGAAGAGACAGGGCUGGACCUCAGUAGGUGACCUGGAGGGCUGUGUCCACUAUAAAGUGGUGCGUUACGAGAAGAUAAAGUUCCUGGUGAUCGCUUUGAAGAACGCCGUGGAAGUGUACGCCUGGGCCCCCAAACCCUAUCACAAAUUCAUGGCCUUCAAGUCGUUCAGGUCUCUGCCUCAAAGACCGCUGUCUGUUGACCUGACAGUGGAGGAGGGUCAAAGGUUAAAGGUCAUUUACGGCUCCCUGUCCGGUUUCCACGCCAUUGAUGUCGACUCUGGGACACCGUACGACCUCUACCUGCCUACACACAUCCAGGGUUCCAUCCGUCCACAUGCCAUCAUCAUUUUGCCAAACAGCGCCGGAACAGAGGUUCUGGUUUGCUACGAAGACGAGGGCGUCUACAUCGACACUUACGGCCGCAUCACCAAGGAUACGGUGCUGCAGUGGGGGGAGAUGCCUGCGUCAGUCGCCUACCUCCAGUCUAACCAGGUGAUGGGUUGGGGAGAAAAGGCCAUUGAACUGAGGUCUGCCAACACAGGAAACCUCGAGGGAGUGUUCAUGCACAAAAAGGCCCAAAAGCUCAAGUUCCUUUGCGAGAGGAACGACAAGGUGUUUUUCGCCUCGGUGCAGUCGGGAGGCAGCAGUCAGAUUUACUUCAUGACGCUGGGACAGAACUCGCUGUUCAGCUGGUAAUGACUGGAUCUGUGAACAUCUGGGGUCAACUGGUGAUGUCUGCCUUCUUUGUUCUGGAGUGUACCUGAUGCCUUUUUAUAUCUGUGCAGACCGAUGUUGAUUUCCAUGGGCAGAUGACGCCGUGGAAGGAUCAACUAAAUUCUCCCGGAUCCAUUGCGCUCGUCUAGUUUUCCGUGUACGGAUCCACGGUUGAGUCGAUCGCGACGCCGGCCGCGAAUAUGCUUGAAUCCAUCAUUCUGUCCUUGAUUUCUGAAGUCUGGACCUCAGUGCCACCUCACCUGUCCAUGAGAGUUCAACUGUGUUUAAUGUGUAGUGAACAUUUUCACAUGCCUGAUCUCAAUAGUCACUUUGAGGCGUCUUUCCCGGACUGCAAAUCAUCACUUCACCAUGUGGGUCCUGUUUUAUCGAAAUCCCCCCGGAGGCAAAACUGAUGGAUCAGUUCAGUUCCUGUAAGUGUGGUGAUCCCUCAUGAACACCAGAUCCUGGUUCAACAUCUGGCCACAGGAUUCCUCAGCGCUGGGAACCACGGGAGUCUUUUCAGUUCAUUCCACAUUCAGCUCAUCGCUCCUGGAUCACUUAACUUUAUUUGUCUUUUUCUGAAGGGCUCCAUUGUAACAGUUACGCAGGCUAUUAUGUGUAUAUCAUUUAUUCACUCACAUUUGCUUGUCCGGCUGUGGCAAAUGACCCAACUGCUUCCCUUUCAUCAAAACAAGAAGAGUUAUCUGUCUUCAUGCGAGCGGCCACUGUGUGAAAAGUAAUGAGCGAAAACUAGAACAGAAGCAGUUCAUGAACCUCAUUCCUUCUUCGGACAUUUCAAAGUUCGCGUCGGGGGGCGAAAUGUGGACUAAGUAAGACGGUAACUAUAUGCAAGUCCACAUUUUGUUUCUAUGGCUUGAAAGAAGGGUUGUAUUCUUUUCUUUUUUUUUUUGUCCAAGGUGACAUAUCAUUAUAGACCUCAGCUGUAAUUAUACUGACCAUCCAAACCUUAUAAUGAGGCCAAAAUCAGCAUUAAGAUGUACAACAUCAAGCCGAUUUAUCAGGUCAUUCUGUUCCUAAUUAAUGAGUCCAACUCUGUCACUGCUCAUUCGCCUGGAAUCAUUUGCUAAAUUUGGUCAGAAAGUUACUUUUUUCAGGUCCCAGUUUGAGCUUUCACUCUGUCACAGAUCUGCACUCUUUCAUUUUACACCUAUUAUGAUACAAUAAGGACCUGGAGAGCCUUUUUACUGUACUGUAGGAGCCACAAUUCAGAUGUACAGCACAAAAGGUAUAGCUACAAAACAACUCCACUUUAACAGGCAGGGAAAAAGCUUUUUUGUUUUCUUGCAUCUAUUUGUAAAGCUUAGGAUGUAUAUAAUCCUGUAACAAGCACUGUUUUUUCUAAAUAUUGUAUAAUUGACAAGACAUCUUAUAUGUACAGAAUAUGUACAGAAUUAUAGGCUUAUGAAUGUGAAAUUCCAUCCCAAAACAGAGUGUGGACACGAUCCACACUUCCACGAUCUUGGAACAAUAGUGGAUAUGGACAUGAUCCUAUGAAGUGUUCAAGAUCAAAUAAUAUCAUGUGAAUUCUGUUUUGCGGUUGAUUUUCUCCUAACAUGUAUGAGUCUGGCUCUUUGCACAAUGGCCUCCUUUGUUCAUGUUUUCUGUAAUAUAUCAUACUUUGAAAUGAUUUUUAGGUUUUAAUGUGGGGGAAACGUUUAAAGCCAUUCUGCGGUCCAGUCAGUAUUCAGGAGAUUACUGCGAGGCCUCAGAUCUGUUUUUUACUCUGCCCAACAUAGGACGCACUCUUGUUUUUUAGAUGAGUAACCUUGAGAAAUUAUUAUUUUUGUUGUUGACCGUGGGCCUGAAGUGUUGCAAUUAGCUGGGCUGAAACAGCAAUGAAGCCCUACUGUAUAAUAUGUAUGUUUUCUUUGUAUGUUUUAUGAUUUACGCAGUGAGAGUCAAAGCAAGAAACCAAAGAUCGAUUCUUUGAAAUAUUGGAAAGACUACUUAAAAAUUAACAACUCGACUAUUAGAUUUGACAUUUGGAAAGAUAUGAUGUUGACAUAAUCCAUUGGGGUGUAUUAUAUAUAAUAUACAAAAUACUCCAACCAACACAUCAGCCUGCAAAGACCCCCAGGACUGAUGCGUCUUGCUAAUUCUAAACAAAUAUAUGCAAGAUUAAUGUCGCAAGCAUUCUUAUAUUUCAUAGCCGAGUUCUAUAUUUUAGACAGUGUUAGGUUUGGUGAAAGUGAAGAAAUAAUUGUUUUGUACCUCCAAAUGUGAAUUUUUGCAAUUUCGUUCAUUUCUGAUUCAUUUUCUUUAUACCAGUCUCUUUUUUUUUCUUCCCUUCAUCGGAUUUAGCCCAAACAGCUAACUUAGUAAUUCAUUUUUCUCUAUAUUGUAUUUACUCUUGAGUUUUUGUGACUAUCAAAAAAUUGCGCCCAAUGUUUUAUAUGCAGUGAUAGUUUGAGUUUUACUUUUGUCAUGUCGGAGCAGCUGGUUCUGUGCGAAUACCUUGAACUGGAAAAUGAACUUUCUGACUUUGCCGAGACACCUGGGCUUAAUAUUUCAGAGCUAUGUGAGCUAACUAGAUUGAAAUGAUGUACAGAUAAAAGAUGGCUAAGGUAACAGUGAAUCUUGCAACGAUCUAACUAUUUUUCCCAUAUUUUGGCUCAAAUUGGUUGACAUAAAUUCAACCCUUCAUCCUGCAACUCCUACAAAUGCAUGUUAUUACUACCUGCAGUUGACAACAACUGCAAAAUGAGCUCUCAGCACCUCAAAUACAUUUGGAGUGAAUACAUGAGGGUUGACUUUUUUUUUUUCUUUUGUAAAUCUUUAUUGACAUUAAUGCACAACAGGUUUACUGCACAUGAUAAUUAUCUUUGUGGGACUGGACGUGUAACGUUCAUAUUCAGGAACUGUGCUAGUUUAUGGUCAGAUUUGAACUUGAGCAAGACCCCCGGCCAUGUGGGUCCACAGGGGACGAAAGACUAGACCAAGACAAGUCUUGUCCAAUGUAUUUGCCGGACUUCUCUUUUCAACACACUUGAAAGCCACCAACUGUACACAUAUAGGUCCAUUACAUUUGAUUAUUAUUAAUUUAUGCGAAUGUUAAUUACAAUUUGGUUUAAAAAAUCAAUUUAAAGCAAUAAUGUAUGGAAUUAUCUUUACAAUGAUUUUAACAUUUCAAUUGAGUCUCGAUGUAACAAUUAACAGGUUACCACCCUCAUACUGUUGAGUUUGAGUUCGGGUUAUGCAGAUAACUGGAUUUUCUCUGUACUGGUCCACAUAAAACUGCCAUUUUAAGCUGAAAAACUUUUUCAAUGAUCAGAAUUAUUUCUUUAAAUCUGUACUUCUUCAUUCUGCUCUUAGAAGCAACACGGAAAUCUGCUGUCACACCCCAAUGCUGUGUGUUGAUCAGAGCAAAUUCUCCUGAGUUGAGAUGCAGACUUCUCUGUCUUCUGCACUUUCUUCUUCAUGUGCUGAAUAUUUGACUGUAGCUCAUUCACCUGAGAGAGAGAGAGAGAGAGAGAGAGAGAUCAGUGCACUUCCUCCUACACCUUCCGCCGGUUAAGCCGGUGAUGGAUGCAGUUUCAGGCUCUCUGUGACUCACUUCUCCGACUCUCCCACCAACUUUCUUUUCCCUCACUUUGUCAACACGUCUCUCCUUUCCGCCGACACUCAUCACCUCGGCAAGAAUAUGUAACUUGGCAGUUAUAGGACACGCUAAAGAGGGUAGAAAAGAGUCCAGUACGGCUUGCUAACAUUAGGCACCAUAAACUGCUGGGGGCAUAUUUCCGAUCGCUUAUCGAUUAAACGUGUUCUUUGUGAGAGUGGGAACGUGUGGUUCCUUCUUUCAGAAGUUACACAGUUACGCUUCGAGCGCCGCAACAGUUAUGUUCCAGCGCUGUGUACGAGCAAUGGUCUGGAUGCAGGAAGUGUGUUUGCGUGGGACGGUGUGAUGUCGAUUGUGAGCAGGUGUCUAGUCUGCAAGGAAAGAGAGGGAAAGAGUCAGAGGAGGUGGUGGCUGGAGUCAGGCGUCGCCUAGUAGAAGGAUCUUGGAUGUUGCUUAAAAAAACAAAACAAAUCCCUUUAAAAAACUUUAAAGAGGCUUUGAGCUAAAGGAGAGAAAUUGAAAAAUAUGUAUAUUGAAUGAGCUGCCAGACCUGGUGAUGGAGCACCGGGCUGCGACAGGCGGAUUGAGAAUGUGGAGAUAACGAUGGUUGAGAUGAAGAGAGGGAGGAAGAGGAUGUUGAAAGCAGCGACAGUGAUCGGGAUGAAUGACUUGCCCGUUGGCCGGAGGAAUCUCCCUGCUUGAUGACAUUUUCCUGAAGUUCAGAUUAGCCAAUAAUUUACAACUACUGUCAAUAUUUUUUUUAUUUUUUUUUUCAGUGUGGACACACGGGACAAUUGUGUUGAAGAUUCACAGGAGAAGUUGAGAUUAUGAAAGACCAAAUGUUUUAUAUUAUAUAUUCAAGAAUAUAUAGAGAAUCUAUAUUUGCCUUUGUUUCCAAGUCUGUCGCGCCACAAGGAUGAUUGUUACUUUUAUUUUUUUUUUUUGCACUGGACCUACAGUAUGUUUGAAGCGUCCUUUACUGUACCCCUCCCACUUUGAGACCAUGUAACGGUGCAGGCGACAGUGAGACAGCAAUAAAAAAUGUUGAAUUGA